AUGAUUUUGGAUCCUGCAAUCCGUGAUUGGGUUCUGAUACCUAUUCUCUUUGUCAUGGUUCUUGUAGGCAUCCUUCGUCACCACAUUACAAUGCUCAUUACAGGUGCACCAAAGGCGCCCCAACUGAAAGCCAUCCGCGAAUCAAAAGCACUGUUGCGUGGUUUACGUCUAAGAACAGUAGGCAACAACAUCCCUCAGCACGCAUAUCAAGUUCGCAAAGCCUAUUUAGCCGACGCAUUUGAAAAGGGCAAAUAUCUCAAGAAUCCUGAAGCCAACAAGGAAGGCGCUGCACCUGCGAAUCCCAUGGCAGAUCCAGACAUGAUGGAGGGCAUGAUGGAAGGCAUGAAGAAGCAACUCACCAACAUGGUGCCUCAAAUGGUGAUUAUGGGAUGGAUCAAUUUCUUUUUCCAAGGCUUCGUGGUGAUUAAAUUGCCUUUUCCCUUGACACCUCGAUUCAAGCAAAUGCUGCAAAGUGGUGUGGAUACGCGCGAUAUGGAUGUUACGUGGGUGUCUUCUCUCUCUUGGUAUUUCCUAAACUUGUUUGGUCUCGGUAGUGUAUUUUCAUUGAUUUUGGGUGAUAAUAAUGCAGCUGGUGUGGACAUGACAGCCAUGAGUUCCAUGCCUGGUAUGAUGCCUGGCAUGGGUGGUGCUCAACCAGGCCAGCCUCAAGAUUUUAGAAAGAUGUUUUUGGCUGAAAAGGAGAAUGUCAUUAUUACACCUCAUGUGUGGGAUUUGGAGGAUGUCGAGGAGCGAUUAUUGAUCAAGUAUGGCAAAACCAUCACCAACAAAAAGGCCGUAGCAGCAGCAACAUCUACCAACAGCGUAUCCGCAACAAAGAAGAAGGAAUCCUCUGUCCGUGAAAAGAUACAAAAAGCUCAAAAGAAUAACAGUAAUAAACGUCGUUGA